AUGAGUUCAGUUCCCACGGGAGAUGAUGCUCGUGUUUUGAGUGACUGUGAGGAUGCAAGGAUGUGUAACUACAGCCCAUGCCGAGACUGUGCGGCAGAACUUCUCAAAGCCAUCAAUUUAGCCGAGGAGAAGAAAAUCAAACUCAACAUCUCCAUCACCUUUGUGGCGCUCAACAAAAUACGGCGGCCAUCUUGGAUCAACAGAGGUCUGUGCACCGCUUUCGGUGACGUCAGCAUCAACGAGUCCAAUGAGAACAUCUUGGGUCUGAGGUUGCUGCUCAAAGCGGGCGUAAAACUGACGAGUUUCAACAGUGAGACGUGGAGGUUCCUGUACGCCUUCCUGGGUCAGGGCCUGCCGUCAGAUAGUCCGGGGAAGUUCCUGUCUGCAAAAUACAGCGGCGCUCAAAGCGAGGCCAGGGCGGAGGAGGACAGGUGGACGCAGACUGACCUCAAGCAGAUUCUCAAAGGUAUCCACCUGACGUCACCGGCGCUCAGCACGGAGAACUCGAUGCUGCCGCUGGCCUGGUCACAUCCCAUUCUGGUGGGAAACAAAGUCGGGGAAUAUCGGCUGACAGUGAGGAAGGUAGGGCUGCCCGGGAUUUGUCUGUUCUAG